UUUGUGUUAUAUUAGCAGUGAAUUUGGGUAUAGAGGGAGAAUAUGAGUAAUUCCAUAGGGAAUAACUUGCUGCACCAGGGAUUCCUUACCUCAACAGUGUUGGAACAUAAAAGUAGAAUCAGUUCUGCUUGUGUUGGAGGCAACUCUUUGUUUCAACAGCAAGUGAUCUCCCAAUCGCCUUUAUCAACUGAAUUUCGAGGUAACAGGUUAAAGGUGCAGAAAAGUAAAAUACCUAUGGGAAAGCAGCGUNAUAAAAUACCUAUGGGAAAACAGCGUCCUAUUUCUAGUUCUCCUCAGGCUGUACUAACCACUGAUGCCUCUUCUGAGCUUGCAGAAAAGUUCAGCCUAGAAGGGAAUAUUGAGCUACAGGUUGAUGUUAGGCCUCCCACUUCAGGUGACGUGUCCUUUGUGGAUUUCCAAGUUACAAAUGGCAGUGAUAAAAUGUUUUUGCACUGGGGGGCAGUAAAGUUCGGGAAAGAAACAUGGUCUCUUCCUAACGAUCGUCCAGAUGGAACCAAAGUGUACAAGAACAAAGCACUUAGAACUCCUUUUGUUAAAGCUGGCUCUAACUCCAUCCUGAGACUGGAGAUACGGGACGCUGCUAUAGAAGCUAUAGAGUUUCUCAUAUACGAUGAAGCCCUAGAUAAAUGGAUAAAGAAUAAUGGUGGUAAUUUUCGUGUCAAAUUUUCAAGAAAAGAGACACGAGGCCCUGAUGUUUCAGUUCCUGAGGAGCUUGUGCAGAUCCAAGCAUAUUUGAGGUGGGAGAGGAAGGGAAAACAGAAUUACACCCCUGAGCAAGAAAAGGAGGAAUACGAGGCUUCUCGAACUGAGCUACAGGAGGAAAUAGCUCGUGGUGCUUCCAUACAGGAUAUUCGAGCCAGGCUAACAAAAACUAAUGAUAAAGGUAAAACCAAAGAAGAGCCUCUUCCUGUAACAAAGAGUGAUAUACCCGAUGACCUUGCCCAAAUACAAGCUUACAUUAGGUGGGAGAAAGCAGGAAAGCCGAACUAUCCUCCCGAAAAGCAAAUUGAAGAACUUGAAGAAUCAAGAAGAGAACUGCAACUUGAGCUUGAGAAAGGCAUUACCCUUGAUGAGUUGCGGAAAAAGAUAACAAAAGGGGAGAUAAAAACUAAGGUGGCCAAGCACCUGAAAAGAAGUUAUUCUACCGCUGAAAGAAUCCAAAGAAAGAAGAGAGACUUUGGGCAGCUUAUUAAUAAGUAUCCUUCCAGUCCUGCAGUACAAGUACAAAAGGUCUUGGAAGAACCACCAGCCUUAUCUAAAAUUAAGCUUUAUGCCAAGGAAAAGGAGGAGCAGGUUGAUGAUCCAGUCGUAAAUAAAAAGAUAUUAAAGGUUGAUGAUGGGGAGCUACUGGUACUGGUAGCAAAGUCCUCUGGGAAGAUAAAAGUACAUCUAGCUACAGACGUAAAUCAGCCAAUUACUCUUCACUGGGCAUUAUCCAAAAGUCCUGGAGAGUGGAUGGCACCACCUUCAAUUAUAUUGCCUCCUGGGUCAGUUAUUUUAGACAAGGCUGCUGAAACACCUUUUUCAGCCUGUUCUUCUGAUGGUCUAACUUCUAAGGCACCACCUUCGAAUACGUCACCUGGAUCCAGUAUAUUAGACAAGGGUUUGGAAAUCCCUAUUUCAGCCAGUUCUUCUGAUGUUAUAACUUCUAUGGUCCAAUCUUUGGAUAUAGUAAUUGAAGAUGACGACUUCGUGGGGAUGCCAUUUGUUCUUUUAUCUGGUGGAAGAUGGAUUAAAAACCAAGGGUCGGACUUCUAUGUUGACUUUGGUUCUGCAUCUAAACCAGCUCUCAAGGCUGCUGGGGAUGGCAGUGGAACUGCAAAAUCUUUACUGGAUAAAAUAGCAGAUAUGGAAAGUGAGGCUCAGAAGUCAUUUAUGCACCGGUUUAAUAUUGCAGGUGACUUGAUUGAAGAAGCCACUGGUGCUGGUGAACUUGGUUUUGCUGGAAUUCUUGUGUGGAUGAGAUUCAUGGCUACAAGGCAGCUGAUCUGGAACAAAAACUAUAACGUCAAACCACGUGAAAUAAGUAAAGCUCAGGACAGGCUUACAGACUUGUUGCAGAAUGCUUUCACCAAUCACCCUCAGUACCGUGAAAUUUUGCGGAUGAUUAUGUCAACUGUUGGACGUGGAGGUGAAGGAGACGUAGGACAGCGAAUUAGGGAUGAAAUUUUGGUCAUCCAGAGGAAAAAUGACUGCAAGGGUGGCAUGAUGGAAGAAUGGCAUCAGAAGCUGCAUAACAACACUAGUCCUGAUGAUGUUGUGAUCUGUCAGGCAUUGAUUGACUAUAUCAAGAGUGACUUUGAUAUUGGUGUUUAUUGGAAAACCCUGAAUGACAACGGAAUAAACAAAGAGCGUCUUUUGAGUUAUGACCGUGCUAUCCAUUCUGAACCAAAUUUUAGAAGAGAUCAAAAGGAGGGUCUUUUGCGUGAUUUAGGUCACUAUAUGAGAACACUGAAGGCUGUUCAUUCAGGUGCAGAUCUUGAGUCUGCUAUUGCAAACUGCAUGGGCUACAGAACUGAGGGAGAAGGCUUUAUGGUUGGAGUCCAGAUAAAUCCUGUAUCAGGCUUGCCAUCUGGCUUUCAGGAUCUCCUCCAUUUUGUCUUAGACCACGUGGAAGAUAAAAAUGUGGAAGCUCUUCUUGAGGGAUUGCUAGAGGCUCGUGAGGAGCUUAGGCCUUUGCUUUUCAAACCAAACAACCGUCUAAAGGAUCUGUUGUUUUUGGACAUAGCCCUUGAUUCUACAGUUAGGACAGCGGUAGAAAGGGGAUAUGAAGAAUUGAAUAAUGCUAAUCCUGAGAAAAUCAUGUACUUCAUCUCCCUUGUUCUUGAAAAUCUCGCACUCUCAGUGGACGAUAAUGAAGAUCUAGUUUAUUGCUUGAAGGGAUGGAAUCAAGCUCUUUCAAUGUCCAAGGAUGGAGACAACCAUUGGGCUUUAUUUGCAAAAGCUGUGCUUGACAGAACCCGUCUUGCACUUGCAAGCAAAGCCGAGUGGUACCAUCACUUGUUGCAGCCAUCUGCAGAAUAUCUAGGAUCAACACUUGGGGUGGACCAAUGGGCUUUGAACAUAUUUACGGAAGAAAUUAUACGUGCUGGAUCAGCAGCUUCAUUAUCCUCACUUCUUAAUAGACUUGAUCCUGUGCUUCGGAAAACUGCAAAUCUAGGAAGUUGGCAGAUUAUCAGCCCAGUUGAAGCCGUUGGAUAUGUUGUUGUUGUGGAUGAGUUGCUUUCAGUUCAGAAUAAAACCUACAAGAAUCCCACGAUCUUAGUAGCAAAAUCUGUUAAAGGAGAGGAGGAAAUUCCUGAUGGUGCUGUUGCCCUGAUAACACCAGACAUGCCAGAUGUUCUUUCACAUGUUUCUGUUCGAGCAAGAAAUGGGAAGGUUUGCUUUGCUACAUGUUUUGAUCCCAAUAUAUUGGCUGACCUCCAAGCAAAGGAAGGAAGGAUUUUGCUCUUAAAGCCUACACCUUCAGACAUAAUCUAUAGUGAGGUGAACGAGAUUGAGCUCCAAAGUUCAAGUAACUUGGUAGAAGCUGAAACUUCAGCAACACUUAAGUUGGUGAGAAAGCAAUUCGGUGGUCGUUACGCAAUAUCAUCUGAUGAAUUCACGAGUGAAAUGGUUGGAGCUAAAUCCCGUAAUAUAGCAUAUCUGAAAGGGAAAGUGCCUUCCUGGGUGGGAAUUCCUACUUCUGUGGCUCUUCCAUUUGGAGUCUUUGAGAAAGUACUUUCAGACGAGAUAAAUCAGGGAGUGGUGAACAAGUUGCAAAUUCUGACGAAAAAACUAUCUGAAGGAGAGUUCAGUGCUCUCGGUGAAAUUCGCAGAACUGUUUUAGAACUUUUAGCGCCAGCUCAAUUGAUCAACGAGCUGAAAGAGAAGAUGCAGGGUUCUGGCAUGCCUUGGCCUGGUGAUGAAGGUCCAAAGCGGUGGGAACAAGCAUGGAUGGCCAUAAAAAAGGUGUGGGCUUCAAAAUGGAAUGAGAGAGCAUACUUCAGCACUAGGAAGGUGAAACUGGAUCAUGACUAUCUGUGCAUGGCUGUCCUUGUCCAGGAAAUAAUUAAUGCUGAUUAUGCAUUUGUCAUUCACACAACCAACCCAUCUUCUGGAGACUCCUCAGAAAUAUAUGCCGAGGUGGUCAGGGGCCUUGGAGAAACACUUGUUGGAGCUUAUCCAGGCCGUGCUUUGAGUUUUAUCUGCAAGAAAAAGGAUCUCAACUCUCCUCAAGUGUUAGGUUACCCAAGCAAACCAAUUGGCCUUUUCAUAAAAAGAUCUAUCAUCUUUCGAUCUGAUUCCAAUGGUGAAGAUUUGGAAGGUUAUGCCGGUGCUGGCCUCUAUGACAGUGUACCAAUGGACGAGGAGGAUGAAGUUGUAAUUGAUUACUCUUCCGACCCAUUGAUAACUGAUGGUAACUUCCGCCAGACAAUCCUGUCAAACAUUGCUCGUGCAGGAAAUGCUAUCGAGGAGCUAUAUGGCUCUCCUCAAGACAUCGAGGGUGUAGUGAGGGAUGGCAGGAUUUAUGUUGUUCAGACAAGACCCCAGAUGUGAUCAUAUUCAAGUUGUAGUCAGAUCUGUGAGAAUUACAUGUCAUGAAGUCGCCUUUAUAGUUGUACGUGAUCCAAACAUGACAUCCUGUUUACAUUAGCUAUUGGGUGAGAACUGAGGAGUAGGCAUUGCAAUAUGAGGAAUUAUAAGAAAAACUUUGUAAAAACUAAUUCGGUAUGUUAUAGGGAGCAGGUGUAGACAUUGUACCAUAUAAAGUAUACAUGCGUAAUUUAUUUGCAAAAUGCACUGAAUAAUAUAGCAACAAAGAAGAAAUCAUUUGGAUGGUUCCAA